AUGUUAAAAAUAAUAAAACUAAAUAAAAUCAAUCAAAGCUAUAGAAUAUAUAAUAAUACAUACAGAACUUUAUGUACAACUAAUAAUAACAAUAGCAAUAAUAAUGGUGUUUAUGAUAUAGUUAUUGUUGGUGGUGGGUUGGUAGGCUCAGCCAUGGCAUGUUCAUUAGGUAACAAUAACAACACAAAGCAUUUAAAAGUUGCAUUAAUUGAAUCAUCACCAAUUCAAACAGUCAACGAAACAACAUCAAAUAAAAUACCAGAUAUUAGAACCAUUUCAUUUAAUCAUCAAACUAUUGAUCUAUUUAAAUCUAUUGGAGUUUGGGAUACCAUUGAAUCUACAAAAAGAGUUAAUCCAUUUAAUCAAGUUAGAGUAUGGGAUACAAGUGGUUUUGAGGGUAUUCAUUUCAAAGAUAACAAUGAUAUAAUGGGAUACAUUAUCGAAAAUAAAGUUGCAGUAUCAUCACUCUUAGAAAAAGCAAACUCUUUUGAAAAUGUCGAUAUCAUCUCACCACUUACUGUCAAAUCAUUAGAAAACUAUAAUCCAAAUACAUCAACCACAACAAAUAUAUUACCCUGUUUAAAACUAUCGAAUGACAAAGAUCUUCAUGCUAAAUUAAUUAUUGGUGCUGAUGGUGGCAAUUCUAUCAUUAAAAAACAAUUAAAAUUAAACUCUGUUGGCAGAAACUAUAAUCAAAGAGCUGUAGUUUGUACAAUUAAAUUGGGUAAAUCUGAUCACAAUGAUACAUUAUUUCAGAGAUUUUUAACAACUGGUCCAAUUGCCUUAUUACCAUUAGCAGAUGGCUAUGCAAAUAUCAUUUGGUCAACCAAUAACUUACAUGCAAAUUAUUUAUUAGAAUUGGAUGAUAAUAGCUUUUUGGAACAAUUAAAAAAUUCAUUUUUAUCAUCAGUACCAACCAAUAACAAUAGUGUAUUUGAUGCAUUAUCAAGUGUAUUUAACCUUAAUCCCUCAGGACUAAGUGGUAAUGAAAUUUAUGUACCACCUAUCGAAUCAAUAGUAUCAAAAAGAGCUUCAUUCCCACUUCGUAUCGAUCAUACAUUCCAAUAUACAAUGCCAAGAAUUUGCUUUAUAGGUGAUGCAUCCCAUAUCGUACAUCCAAUGGCCGGUCAAGGUGUUAACUUGGGUAUGGCCGAUGUCAAAGCUCUAACUCAAAUGAUUGAACAAUCAGUUCAAUCUGGUUACGAUAUCGGUGAUGCAAUGAUGUUAAAAAGAUUCGAAGAAGAAAGAAAACCUGAAAAUGUAAAAAUGAUGCUCUCUAUCGAUACCCUAUUCAACAUUUUCACCAAUAACUCUAUUGCAGUUACCGCUUUAAGAAAUUUCGGUAUGUCUUUCUUAAACCAUGUUCCAAUUUUAAAGAAUCUAAUUGUAGGUGUUUCAAAAGGAAAUUCAAUUUUGAAUAAUAUUAAAUAA